AUGAAAUCUGAAGGUUUACAAGUUUCUAGUGAUGUACGUACCUUGAUGAAAACACCUCUGUCUCAUGAAAUUUUUAAUAUGGAUAACGGGAUAUUUCAAGGAUUAACAAAACCAUCGUCAGUUACUGAAUUCUUCCACCCCUUUUUAUUGGAUAUUUUUGCAUUGUUAGAAAGUGGUCUUUGUGUAAAUGAUAAAAUAUUUAAAUUUGAGAUAAGUCAUAUUGUUUGUGAUUCUCCCGCUAAGGCAUUUUUAUCGAAUGUAAAAGGACAUAACGGUUAUUUUGGUUGUUCAUCGUGUACUCAAGAGGGCAGGCAUUUACAAAAUAGAAUGACAUUUCCUGAUAUUGAUGCUCCAUUAAGAUCUGAUGAAAGUUUUCGUAAUAUAGUAAAUGAAGAUUAUCAUAAAGGCGAUAGUCCGUUAGAAGUAUUACCCUUUAAUAUUGUGGACAGCGUUUGUUUAGAUUACAUGCAUAAUGUAAUAUUUUAUUAA